GAAUCGGAAAUAAAUGAAUAAAUCGUUUCUCAAAUAAAUAAAUAAAUACUAAAAACAAUUAAAAAGCAUCAUUGUGGGGGAAAAGAAACCUGAAACUCCCUUCAAUGGCGGAAGAAGAGAAGCCAACUACUCCUACACCUGAGCCCACUCUUCCUUCUCCGCCGGAAUCUCCAUCAAACCCCGAUGAUCCGCCGCCGGAAACGCCUACUCCUCCGGCUAAAUUCGAUCCUAGUCGAAUGAUUGGGAUCAUCAAGAGGAAGGCUUUGAUUAAGGAUUUAGCUGCAGCUUACCACUCCGAGUGUAUUGCUUAUUGCCGAGAGCUUCUUGAGCUUCAAAAGAGAAAGAACGAGCCGUUUCUGUACACGAAAGCUCCAGAAGAUCUGAGAAAAGUGACGUUGAGGUCUUCUUCCAAACGAGCUAAGAAAAAACGUUAAAAAAAAAGAGAAUGUGUAUGAUGCUUAGUUCUACGUGGGUAUGAUGUUUAUUGAACCGGUGCUUAUAUUUUAGAUGGAGUUGUGAAAUGAUUGAAACUUCAUUCGAUUAUCUAAGUUUAUAUACAGAAGUUACACUUCCACGGUUA